CUAUAUUGCAUGUUUCGUGUGAUUGUAACGAGAUGUUAUGAAAGUGGUUUAUUCUUUAAGCCUUUAAAGAAAAUUCCUUGCAGAAACAUCCCUUUUCACUUUACUGGCUAAAAUGAUGAUGUACUGUUAACUGAUACUGGAGGAGGAUCUCCGGAAAACUACCAACACUGACUAUGUAUUGGAGGAGAGAUCUUUCGGAGGCAAAAUCUACAUAAUACAGAAGUUUCAGUUUCUUUAAAAAACAUCUCCACUGGGCUGCACCAUGGACGCUUGUAAGAUACUCGACAUCUGCGGACUUGUGGACCUUGCUCCGUGUCCUCCCCCAAACACCAACAAUGCUUACGAGUUACUCCACAACGCCACACGUGAUCUAACCAUGCGAUCUAAUGUCACGAAGGCAAUUGCAACGCGGUGCGGAAUUUCGGAAGUUGUCAUGUACACUGCAGCAACAACACCGUCCGAUGUUGAUGGAAAUGGUACAUCCACUACCAUUGCAACUUUUACGACUAUUGAAGCGCAAUCGGAUUUGUUGGAUUUGAAAAUCCUUAUCGGUGUGAUGAUGUUUGUAGCCGUGGUUCUGUUGAUAACAACAGCUGCAGUUGUCGUGUGCCGUGCAAGAGGAACUUACAGAUAUGAUGUUUCCAGUGUUACGGUGCAGCAAGAGCACGCUGAGAUAUUCAUGACAAAACUAAUGAGGAAAUUAGAACAAGCGAACGGGACGAAAGGCAAUGUUAUAAAACAAACUGAAGACGGGAAGGGUGAUUCUCAAAUUGAAUACAAUCAUACUGACAUCAGGCUCUCAAGAAGCAGCUGUUCUUACACGUAUGCAAGUGUACAUAAAGCGUCUAACAAUUCAGAGUUGUAAAAAAAAUAAUGUUGUCGUUAUUUAUUAUGUGUAUAUUUGCAUGGUAUAUACCACUGUAUAACCAAGGUAAAAAGGCUUGAUAAUAUAUAUUUGUUAUGUUUAAUGUCAUUUUUUUAAAUUGGAAGAAAUAUUACAGAUUAAAUAUUACGAUAAGAUAAUCCAAUUAGUCAAGUUAUGUAAAUUACUAGAGUAUGUUGUUGAUAAACCUAAUUUGAGAAAUGUCCAUAAGCAUUUAUUUGUUUGACUGUUUACAUUAUUUUUCGGUAAUAUCAUAUGUAAUUCUCUAAAUGUUACUCAACCUUCUGUUAACAUCAUUCAUAUCUAUAGAAUACUUAUUUAUUUAUAUGAUUAGUAUAAAUAAUGUUUGAAACGCCUCAGUAUGAACAUCUUAUAUGUUCUGGUGCUAUUUUUGUGAAGUGUUUUGUGACAUGAGUUAAGAUGAAUACACUUAUAUACUUCUCGAAUGGUUCAUCUCUAGGACCUGAAUUGAUGCUUAAUGCUUGUCUGCUGGAAUAUAAUGUUACCUUGACAAAAUAAAAUAUAAUAUUAAU